AUGGCCUCUCCACCGACACUUCCAAUUUCUUCCCAAUCCAACGCCUCAGCCGGCGCAGCAUCGCAGUCUCAGCCUCCGAUUGCCACGCCGGCGUUCCGCGCCUUCAUUUCUCGCAUGUCUUCGUCCCUCCGCCUCACCUUCGCGCAGCGCCGCCCGUGGACGGAGAUGGUCGACAGGAGCUCUAUGUCCCGACCUGACACCCUUGCCGAAGCCUACUCUCGGAUCCGCAAGAACUUCUCCUACUUCCGCGUAAAUUACCUAACCCUAAUCGCAUUCGCACUCGCGGUUUCGCUCUUCACGCAUCCGUUCUCGCUCCUCGUCCUCUUCGGCCUCCUUGCGUCCUGGUCAUUCCUCUACCUCUUCCGCCCCUCCGAUCAGCCUCUCGUCCUCUUCGGACGCACCUUCGCCGAUCGCGAAACCUUAGGGAUGUUGGUGGUGCUCACCGUGUUCGUAAUUUUCCUCACCAGCGUUGGAUCGCUGUUGAUCUCCGCUCUCAUGGUUGGAUUGGCGAUUGUAUGCGCGCACGGCGCGUUUCGCGUUCCAGAGGAUCUGUUUCUCGACGAUCAGGAGCCUAACAGUACCGGAUUCCUCUCGUUCCUCGGCGGUGCCGCUGCUUCUGCUGCCGCUCCGGCCGUCGCACGCGUGUAG